CAGCAGAAAAACCAGAGGAAGCCGGGAUGACUGUUGCUCCACCGCUAAAAGAUGCAUCUCAUCCUUCCUUCUGCAUGUGUAGCCCUUUAACGUUUUUUUCUAAUUCUAACCCCAACUGUGGUUAAACUGGCGUCAGGCGAGCAGUCACUCACUGUCCUCUAAGUUAUUUGUGGCUUUUAACCAAGAAAAGCAGCUAUUUUCACACGCUGGAUCCAUCAUCUCGGGAUGAGCCUGCAGUAAAGGUAGGGCUGGAUCGUCACGUUCAUGUGUGUUCUCGAUCUGUCUCUAGUAUUCAACUGGCUGUAGUGUAAAUUUUGCUUAAUAGCAGACCAAAAUCAUCUUGUGAUAAUGAUGAUAGGAUGUGGAGAUUGUGAUUUUGUUGUAGAUCAGUGGGUAGCCAGGUGACUAGGUGGCCUUAUGUAUGUAUUUUAGGAUCACAUUUAUUUGAAAUGUACUCAUAUUGUUCAACUACAGGUAGCACAACUUUUCUGUAUUCACGCUCUUACAAACUGUGAACCAAAUAUUCUUUUAAAUCCAGAGAGACCAUCAUGUCGAGCUCCUCUGACACUCUACAGUUUCGGUUCCCCACCCACUGUGACUCCAUCCUCAGCAAAAUUAAUACACUAAGAGAGGAGCACCGCUUCUGUGAUAUCAAACUGCUCCUUGGGGGUCCACGAGGCGCCACAGUCCAGCCUCUCCCUUUCCACGGUCACAGGGUCGUGCUUGCAGCAUCCUCAGAUUUCCUACGUGACCAAUUCCUGCUCCACAAAGGCCGGGCUGAGCUGAGAGUCGGUGUUGUUUCCAGCGUGGAAGUUGGCAAGAGGCUUCUCCUGUCCUGCUACACCGGCCUCUUAGAGGUCCCUCUGAGAGAGCUGGUGAGCUACCUGACCGCUGCCAGCGCACUCCAAAUGAGUCAGGUGGUGGAGAAGUGUGCUGAGGCCGUCUCCCAGUACUUCAGUCCCACGCUGGCUUUUUUUAAACUGGAGGAUGACUUAAAGGUGAAGACAAUCGAGCAGCAAGAAAGCGUCAAAUGUCAGAAGGAAAGGGAAGCAGGCCAGCCCAGCAGCAGCAUCGAGGAAGCAAAUACAGAGGAAGAGGGAGUGACUGUGAUUAAGUCAAAGUCAAAGGUCAGCAAGGGAGCUGAAGUGGAUAUUGGGCAAAAGGAGGUCAAACUUGAUAGGAGUGUGGUUUUGACAAAAACUGAAGAUGCAGCAGAGGAAAGUGGAGAAAUCCAGCCUGUUCACACAGAUCAAUAUGACCACAUCACAGGUCUCUUAGGAUGUAUGCUGCAUCCUCCUGCAGCUGUCCGAGAUCACACACGUCCAUUAUCAAGCGGAACUUCUAGUCAACAUGAAGAAUUAGUGAACAGCUCCCACAACCAAGAUGAAGAAGCAGGGCAAGACAAAACAGAAGAAGAAGAAAUGUUUUUACUGGCAGCUCAACUGCGAGAAUGUGGACAGCUGAUGGACUCCAAUCUACUUUGCCUCUCUGAAGCAAAGAGUCACUGCUCUGGAGAUGAACUGACAGAACAUUCAGACAGAAUGUUGGUUCAGAGGCCGUACCUGUGCAGGAGGUGUGACCGAGUCUUCCAGCACUUGGAGAGCUAUGUGGGCCACCUGAAGGAGCACAGACAGUACUUGUGUUUGGUGUGUGGGAAAGGCUUUUCCCAGAAGAGUAACCUGACCCGGCACAUACACGUACACACUGGUGUCAAACCUUUUCGAUGCCCACUGUGCCACAAGGCAUUUUCUCAAAAGGCAACCCUGCAGGACCACCUGAAUGUGCACACAGGAGACAAACCUCAUAAGUGCAACUACUGUGCUGUGCACUUUGCACAAAAGCCAGGUCUCAGGCGCCACCUGAAGGACAUUCAUGGUAAGAGUAGCCUGCAAAACGUGCUUGAGGAAGUUGUGGACUGACAAUAAACAGCAGUUUUAGGGUCAAAUUAAUUAAGGCAGUUAUUUUUUAUAGUCAUAUUUAUGUCAAGUAAGGUACCACAAAGCAAAAUAAGCAACAUGACACUCAUUAUUUUGACUCUGAGAUGUGGUAUUUCAAUUAAAAAUGUAUUACUUCCUGUUAUGAUAGAUUGUUUUUACCAUUUUAGCAAAAUGUCAGAGUCUUAUAGGGUUGAGCUGGGCAUUGUUUCCAACACCUCUAAGAGUGCUCCUGCAUUUUAUAGUGUGUGUACAGCCAAAUAAAUGUGUGCCUCUGCUGCCUCUACAACCAAAGAUUAUAUUUACUGGUUUUACCAAGAAUAUAAGGCACAUGUAACUAUGUAAACUGCAAGAGAGAAAACAUUGCUGUAAUUACUGCAGUAGAUUAUGGAGAAAACUUGA